GUUUCGCCUAUGCCGAGUGGUACAGAACGCAUGGACGCCCUUAAGAACUUGGGGGCCACAUUUGAAGAAGGUCAACGACGUGUUUCCAAAGUCGCCACACCCACCGAGACUGAAUUUGUCCCCAGUUUCGUGGACACAGCACAAUUAGAG